ACUACCACUCAUGAGCUGAGUAACGAGCAAAAACAAAAACAAAAAUAUUUGUUUGUUCGAUGGAGAAGCGAAUAUUGAAGUUGGCGGUGAUGGUGUGUGGAUUGGUUUUGACGUCGUCGAUGGGGAGGGCGCAAAGCCGCAAGAUGGAAGGAGAAGAGGCUGUCUCGGUCUCUACUACAAGUGUAGGGAGGUCCAACGUUGAACGUCCUCAGAGUUUCUUUGGUGGUAGUGGCGGCGGUGGGGGAUUUGGCGGUGGGGGCGGGUUUUCGUUGGGUAAAUUGCUGUGUGAUCAGUUUUGUUCCGGGCCCGGCGGCGGCGGCGGUGGUGGUGGCGGAGGUGGAGGUACUGGUGGUGGAGGGGGAGGCUAUGGAAGUGGAACUGGCGGUGGUACUGGUGGCGGAGGAGGCACUGGCGGCGGUACGGGCGGCGGUGGAGGAGGGACUGGUGGUGGUGGUGGAUAUGGACAUGGAAAAGGCGGCGGCACCGGUGGUGGUGGAGGAACCGGCGGUGGCACCGGUAGUGGUGGGGGAGGAGGCACUGGUGGUGGUGGAGGU